GGCGAGCUCAUCUUGCCAGUUGGACGCAGCACGGCGAUUCGCUGGACCUAGCAUCAUGUGGAGAACACACUGUGCUGCUGCUGGCAAGCAGCGAUUUUCAUCAACACGGAACGGUCUGAAUCGGGUAACAAAUCGUUCAUGCCUUCCCUGUCCGGCCCUUCCCAUACGCACUUUCGCCUCUGGCACUUCCUCAUCCACAUCGUCUUCGACCCCCGUUUUUAAAUACACACUUGCUUUCUUGCUGGUUGCAGGUGCAGGAUAUACGGGUGCAGCAUACUAUGCACUUCACGACCCAGCUUUCCGGAAGAUUUGGGUAGACAAUGUUCCUGGAGGGGAAGGAGCGCUUCAAACUGUCUCCUCUGCCGCUGAAACUGUUAAAGGAACGAGCGUAGAGGAGGUGAAGAAAACGGCAGAAAACGUUCGUGGUACUGUAGCGGAGAAAUACGAGAAGACUGUGGAAACUAUCUCUGGACUCAAGGACGGUGCGACCAAAGGUUAUCAGACUGCUGUAGAAAAAGUUCAUGAAACCCAGGAUGCCGCUCAAAAGAAGAUUGAGAACGUAACGGCUUUUGUGAAUAGCAUAAAAAAUGAUGCCGUGGCGACAUAUGAAAGUGCCCACGACAAGGUCAAACAGGCGGAAGCUUCGGUACGCGGUUUUGCGGCCAGUGUAGAACAAACUUACCAUAACACGGUGAAUAGUGUGGAGGACACAUAUGAAAGCGUGAAGAGCAUGAUCACAGGGGAGCCACCGAAACCAAAGCCUCCAAAGCCCGUUGUUGUGGACUCAAAGCCCCCGUCCCCUCCACCUUCCCCCAUUGCAACCCCCGCUCCGCCAGCUAAAUCAGCGGUGAAAUUGAAGUCUCCUGAAACUGUCCCUUCCGAACCCGAGGUCAAGCUUUCUCCUAAACCGAAGAGUGAACAGGAACCAGCAGCGCUCGAGGUUGAUGUCGUAGUGACGGAGGAACCAAAACAGGUUGUUGUUGAACCCGCUGUACGUACUGCUAUAGUUAUUGAGGACGAUGCACCUGCUAAGGCGGGGGUAGUGGUUGUUACGGGAGAAGGUCCCGCUAUUGUACCUGCCACUGAGAAGCCCGCGACUAACGAGCCGGUUGGAAAGUCGGUGGCUGGUGAUGCAUUGGAAGUCUCCUUCAAAAAUAUCGAGGCGGCGUUCCAAACUGCCCCCGAUCGUCCGAUUGCGCGAAGCCUAGCCCACUCAAUCACGAGUCUGGCAGUCACACUUGGUACUCUCAUUGGGUCCACCAGUGAGGAGGGAAGAGUCAAACUUGAGAAAGCUCGCAGUGAGCUUGUUGCUCUCACGAACUACCUCAAUGCCUUGGAGACGGAAGAGGCAAAUUUGAUUCAAACAGCACUUCAGGAACAGGCUGCCAAGUUCGGGAAAACUUUGAAGAAUCAUGUUGAGGCUGCUCAGAAGGCUCUAGGAGAUCAAAGCAGAGAGUACGAGGACAGGUUUAGCAAGGUCCUCAAGGAGGACCGCGAGCGAUUGAUAUCUGAGCACAAUGCCGAGCUGGCUGAGAAGCUUUCCAAACAGGCUAAGGAAUUUCAGGCGGCCCUGGACGAAAAUUUGAGAAAGCAAGCGGAGGAACUGGAAAAGCAUUGGGCCAAGGAAGUGAAGACCAGAGUUGAUGAAGAACGGGGUGGACGUUUGGCUCGAUUGGAUCAUCUGGCAUUGAAGUUAAAAUACCUGGAGCGGAUCAGCAUCGAUGCAGGCGAGUUGCUGGACCGGAGCCAUAGACUGCACCGCCUAUGGUCAGCACUUAAGGCUGUAAAUGAUGUCCUUGAGCAGCCCUAUCAGGCAUCGCUGGCAAAGGAAGUGGCUGUACUGAAGCAACUCGGGGAGGGCUUCCCUGUUGUGGAAACCGUCGUCCAAGCCAUCCCGGCGGAAGUAAUUCGGGAAGGAGUCCCCACCGUGUUUGACUUGGAACACAGUUUUGAAAGGGUCAGAGACUCUGUUCGGAAGGCUCAAUUCAUUCCACCUCACGGUGGGCCAGUUUCCUACGCAAUUUCAUCUGCUCUGAGUUAUGUGACUUUCAGAAAGAAGGGCCUUGUUCCUGGGGACGACGUCGAAUCGGUUUUGGCACGAACAGAAUUCUUUUUGAGGGAGGGUGAUGUGGAUACUGCUGCUCGGGAGCUGAACCAGCUGAAGGGGUGGCCUCGAGCGCUGGCAAAGGACUGGUUGAAAAGCGCAAGGAGGUACCUGGAACUGAAGCAGGCUUUGGAGGUUGUGGAAACUCAUUUGAGUCUAAUGAGUUUGGGGGCUGUGUGAGGUCGGUUAUCGGUGUAGACAAGAGUUUCUUUGUAUUUUCGAUAGAGUAAAUUGGCAUUGGAUAAUAUCGCUUGAUAUCUCAUAGGCCAUUUUGAAAGGUUAUACCGACUCGAGAGCACACUCCCCCGUCAUAUGAAUAAGAUUAUGCAACUCUAAUGCUCUAUACA